UCCAUGUCAUCAUUAAAAAUGCUGAUCGAGAGACACAAAAGAGUUAUUUCUUUUUCCGAGAACAUGGAACGACUCUUCUCUUUCAUCGCAUUAAUGCAAGUUGUUUGGAAUACCUUAGUAAUUUGCUGUCUAGGAUGUCUCUUCAUAAUUUCUAUUCACCAUGAAACUGGUAUUUUCGCGUUAAUGAAAACCGUUUUUGCUUACUUUGCCAUAACGAUGGAACCCUUUAUUAUUUGUUUUGCCGGAGAAUAUCUUACCUACAAGAGCAAAUUAAUUGGCAGUGCAACAUAUGAAAUGCUAUGGUAUGAUAUGCCGUCAAAUUAUAGUAAAAUUAUAGUGUUUAUAAUAAUGAGAUCACAAAAACGACUGGCAAUUACGGCAGGAAAAAUGAUGGAUAUGUCGUUCGAAACUUUUACAAAUAUUAUGAAGGCAUCAGCAUCGUAUGUAUCCGUUUUAAUCGCCAUGUAUUAA